AUGUCGUCCUCUUACAAGGGUACUCUGACCUAUCCGCAAACGUUUAAUCCGGAUGCGGAUGCAGACGCCUUGUACAAAGCGUGCAAAGGAAUAAAUACCGAUGAGGAUACCAUCAAUGCUAUUAUCGGGCAUCGCAACCAAAAACAACGGUUCGAAAUUCGAGAAGCUUAUUAUCGAAAAUACCAAAAGGAUUUAGUCGAGGUGUUGAAGUCAAACACCAAAGGUGACUAUGACAGUCUGUUGCAAUCGUUAUUCCGGGGGCACAUGAAACUCCUCGCCUACGAUUUGUUCAAGGGAAUGAAAGGAACCGGGACCAAUGACACUGUUCUCAAUGAGAUUAUUUGUUGCUGUAAUAAUACCGAGAUUUAUAUGCUGAAGAAAGCCUAUGAUGAGGUUCUACGCGAGGAGGAACCGAAAAAGGCUUCGACUCGCAGUCUUGAGGGUGAUGUGACGAAGGAGACUAAACCGCCUUACGAGACUUUGCUUCUCCGGCUAUUGCGUGGUCAACGCGAGGAGGACUCGCAAGAUCGAAUCGAUCAAGCCCAUCGGUCGGGCAAUAUUUCGAUGCUCGUUAAUGAGCGUAAAGUGGAACAGGACGUGCAGGAAUUGUACAAUGCCGGUAUGGGUCAAAGUGGCAAAGGCGAACCGGAGCCGUUCAUUCGAAUUCUGUCCGAUCGAAGCAAAUAUCACAUUAAAGCUGUGUGGGAGGCAUACAAGCGUAAAUACGGAUCCACAUUGGUUGAGGCAAUCACAAAGAAAUUUUCCGAUCCCCUUCGCGGUGGUUUGAACACAACACUGAUGGCUCUCGUCAAUUUGCGCCUUCUACUGGUGUGUCAAUUACACGAAUCGAUGUAUGGCGUUGGAACCAAUGAAGACUCAUUGAUUCGCCUUGUUUGCUUGAGAUGUGAAAUUGAUAUGGCCACAAUUCGUAAAAUGUACCACGAAUACUUUGGCAAAUCGUUGAUCGAUGCUGUGAAGUCAGACACGUCUGGUGAUUUCCGAAAAUUGUUGAUCAUUCUUCUCGGUGGUUAA